UGCAGUAUAGGUCCUGCCGCGGGACAAAGGUAGUGUUCUUGAGUGUGGGCGAGGAAUGAUGUCGGAGGUUUAAGGAACAAGAACAAACAUCCCGGGGAGGUCGCCAGGCCCCAGCGCCAAGAUCCUGCUCCCGUCCCCAGGGAGAGGAGACAGGGUGGAAUUGGAAACCGCGGGAGGAGGGAGACGGGGGAGUUUAUAAACUCCUAGAGGCAGGCUUGAGGCCUCGAAUACAAGCCCCACAGGGGCCUAAUGUUUAUUUCACUGGGGACCUAUCGGGUUGCCUGGACAACUGGCGGCCAUCUUUGUUAGGCACCCUGAAUCAACACCUUCAGCAGAAUUAGAUUGGAGUGAGAAUAGAGGGAGACAGAGAGAGAGUUGUAUUUGAAAAUCUGAAGACGGAAGUUUCAAAAUCAACAGAUGAAGGGCUCAUUCCUGAAACGUUGACUCUCUUCCUCAGAUGCUGCCUGACCUGCUGUGCUUUUCCAGCACUGCAUUUUUCGACUCUGACUCUCCAAUGUCUGCAGUCCUCACUUUCGUGUCAAGGUCUGACAGUCACUCAAUCCAUCAAGACUGCAACAAUUAUCAUCUAUGAUUCUAUAGCAGCAAGGAUUUUUGGUUCCUGUUUCACUACAUUUUCAGCAUCAGUGGGACUAGAUGAGAGACCCUAUUGUUGCAGCGCCCUGAGUGUGGAGCCUGAAAAGGUUAACCAGUCUGGAAAGAGGAAUUCACGGCGGGGAGGGGCUCUACACCUGUUUGUGUGCGGCUGAAGCUUCAGCCAUGGAGAAACCCGAGGAAUCCCGCCCCAUGGAGAAACCGUGGAAGUGUGGUGACUGCGGGAAAGGCUUCUGUGUGCCAUCUGCCCUGGAGAUUCAUCGGCGCAGUCACACUGGGGAGAGGCCAUUCUCUUGCCCUGAGUGCGGGAAGGGCUUUACCCACUCCUCCCACCUGCUGGCCCACCAGCGGGUCCACACUGGGGAGAGGCCCUUCAGCUGCCCUGAGUGCAGGAAGGCCUUCAGCAAUUCCUCCCACCUGCUGCGGCAUCAGCGAGUCCACACGGGGGAGAGGCCGUUCAGCUGCCCCGAGUGCGGGAAGACCUUCACCGAGUCCUCCCAUCUCCAGACCCACCAGCGGGUCCACACUGGGGAGAGGCCCUUCAGCUGUCCAGUGUGCAGGAAGGCCUUCAGCAAUUCCUCCACCCUGCUGAGGCACCAACGGAUCCACACUGGAGAGAGGCCCUUCCAUUGCCCUGAGUGCGGGAAGGGGUUUACCCAUGCCUCCACCCUUGUGGCGCACGUGCAGGUCCACACCAGGGUGAUGCUGUUCUCAUGCCCCGAGUGCAGGAAGGGCUUCAGCCAGGCCUCCCAACUCCAGAAGCACUGGUGGGUCCACACAGGCGAGUGGCCAUUCCCCUGCCUCGAGUGUGGGAAGGGCUUUGCUGUCUCCUCCGAGCUGCUGCGGCACCGGCGGGUCCACACGGGGGAGAGGCCGUUCAGCUGCCCCGAGUGUGGGAAGACCUUCACCCAGUCCUCCUACCUCCAGACCCACCAGCGGGUCCACACGGGGGAGAGGCCCUUCAGCUGUUCCGUGUGCGGGAAGGGGUUCAGCAAUUCCUCCAGCCUGCUGAGGCACCAGCGGGUCCACACUGGGGAGAGGCCGUUCUCCUGCCCCGAGUGCGGGAAGGGCUUUACCCGCUUCCCUUACCUGCUAACCCACCGGCGGAUCCAUGCGGAUGAGAAGCCCCUCAGCUGCCCCAAGUGCAGGAAGGGCUUCACCGAAGCCUCUGCCCUCCUGGCCCACCAGCAGGUCCACACUGACGAGCGGCCCUUCCCCUGCCCGGAGUGCAGGAAAGCCUUCAGCAAUUCCUCUGACCUGCUGAGGCACCAGCGGGUCCACACCGGGGAGAGACCGUUCACCUGCUCUGUGUGCGGGAAGGAGUUCAGUCAGUCGUCUACCCUGCGAACGCACCGGCGCAUCCACACUGAAGAGAGGCCAUUUUCCUGCUCCGUGUGUGGGAAGGUGUUCACCCAGUCAUCUACCCUGCUGAUGCACCAGCGCAUCCACACUGAGGAGAGGCCGUUUUCCUGCUCCAUGUGCGGGAAGGCGUUCAGUCGGUUGUCUACCCUGCUGAUGCACCAGCGCAUUCACACUGAGGAGAGGCCGUUUUCCUGCUCCAUGUGCGGGAAGAUGUUCAAUAGUUCAUCUGCCCUGCGGAGACACCAACGGGUCCACACCGGGGAGAGGCCAUUCACCUGCACCAAGUGCGGGAAGGGAUUUACUAAUUCCUCUGACCUGCGGAGACACCGGCACAUUCACACUGGGGAGAGGCCGUUCACCUGCUCUGACUGUGGGAAGGGAUUCACUAACUCCUCCGCCCUGCAGAGACACCGGCGUGUUCACACUGGGGAGAGACCCUUCAUCUGCUCCGUCUGCGGGAGAGGUUUCACCCAUUCAACUGCCCUGCUGGCGCACGGGCAGAUCCACACCGAGGAGAGACUGGUCUCCUGUUCUGUGUGUGGGAAGGGAUUCACCGACUAUUCCAGCCUGCAGAAACACCAGCAGAUUCACACCGGGGAGAGGCCAUUCAUCUGCUCCGAGUGUGGGAAGGGUUUCAUCCGCUCCUCCCACCUGCAGAGGCACCAGCGAGUUCACUUGCCAUCGCAGAGGGAUUGAAGGAGCUACGGCUGAGUGCCGUUAUUGACUGGACUAUCAGUCCAAUUCUGGGUGUUAACUCAAAUUCUCGGACCACAAGUAAGUUACAAAAAAACACACUAUAUUGUAAUUCAGCUGGUGACAUAUCAAGAGUCAAUAAUCCAGAGUAUCAAUCAUAGAUAUCCCUGAAUAUGCUAAUGAGAUCUCUAAA